AGCACAACUACGGUACCUCUCUUCUUUCGCGUCAAUUGCUUGUUCUCAGCAGAGCUAAGGCCGACGGCGACUUGCGAUUUCUCAGGUUUAACGAAUUUUCAUCCGUUCCAAUCCACCAACGAUGGCCAUCUCAAAACCCGAAUUAGCCUGCGUCUACGCCUCACUAAUCUUGGCUGACGAUGACAUCGAUAUUACGGGAGAAAAAAUCCAAACAAUCCUUAAAGCUGCCAAUGUUGAAGUUGAACCAUAUUGGCCUGGUUUGUUUGCCAAGGCUUUAGAAAAUGCCAAUGUUAAGGAUUUAAUCACAAACAUUGGAUCAGCAGUAGGAGCUGUACCAGCUGCAGGCGCCGCAGCUGCUGCCCCAGCAUCUGAAGCCAAGGAAGAAAAGAAAGAAGAGAAGAAGGAAGAAGAGAGCGAAGAGGAGGACGAUGAUAUGGGCUUUGGUCUAUUUGAAUAAAAAUCUACUUCAUCGACUGACUGUUUCCUCAUUCAAAAAUAACAACAUUGACUUUAUUUGUUUUAUUUUGUAACUUACACAAUUAUGCAGAUUAAAUUAUAUGUUGUUAUAUUUUAUUA